AUGCAGUCGAAGAGGCUUACCACUGAGCCUCCAUGUAUAACAGAAGAAGUGUUUGAAGAAUGCUUAGCCACAGAUGAUAUGCUUGUGGACUACUUUAAUGAAUUUUUGAGUCUUCCGACUUUUGCCCAGCCAGUUAAGUUUAACUCUGACUUUGGGGUUUUUGAAGUGGUUAAUGAUGCCCCACAACGCAUGGAAAGCCAGAUGAAAAAAAUUCUACAUGAUCAGAAACCUCCAAAUCCCAUUUAUGAUGUUCUAAGGAAAGCAAAAAAUGAUGGGCAGCUCUCCAAAAUGUGCAGCACUUCCCUAACCUUCAAUAUUGAUACAAAUUACAACACUAUGUGUCUUGAUCAAGAACAAGCAAUUCAGUGGAUAAAGAAAGAAAGGCUUCCAGCAUUUCUAGAAAGCGACUGUUACUUUGAAUACAGGCUAGCUAAAUUGAUAUCACAGGUAGAAUGGAGCAAGACGGGCAUUAAGUUCAUUAUAGACAGUGACUAUUAUCCCUGGAUAAAGAAGAAAGACCCAAGUUCUCCCUCUCCUGAGGAGGAUGACACUUUGUUGACCAUGAAGAAUUUCUACAUAUCGCUUGGCCAGGCUACGGUUUCUCAGACAAAGGAUUGGUUUACAUUAGCAAAACAAAGUGUAUCCAUGAACAUGAAAACUACAGAUUCAUUUACGCGUCCUGUAGCUUCUAGUCAGAUUCAAGAUAUCCAGUGUUUACCUGGGCAGCAUGAAAGAGGUGAUUCAUUAAGCAAAAAAGAUAGUCUUCUGGAAUCAGGCUCCUGGUCUAAGGAAUGCCACCAACAGAGUUUCCUUUACCCUUCAUGGACAGAAUCAGCAAAAGCCAACAUUAUCAGGGAGAGAUCCAGAGAGGCUAAAGAGGAUUCUUCUGUGGCCAUUGCUGAACCUCCUUCCCAUGCUCAGUUAAGAGUUUAUCUAGACCCAAAGUGCAACAGUGCAGCAAUAGAAGAAAAUGGACAGGAAAGCACAACUUUUCAGACACUAGAAGAAUUCAUACCAGCUUAUACUCAAUUUGUAAUGAAGGAACCUAUUUCAGAACUGACCCACCAGCCAGCUGCUGACAUUGUUUCCCAUGGUACUGCGGAGUCACUCUUUUCCCAAAGUUCUUCUCCAUUUACUGUCUUGGACUCCAAGGGAGAUGUAAGAGAACAAGAUACUGAAGAAGUAAGCUUAAGAUCAAGUUCUGAAAGUGAUGGGGCAGACAGUAGGGCUGCCUGGUGUAUUAGGCACAGGACUUAUGACACUGGCAACAGACAGCAGUUUGAAAGAUUCAAGAAGUUCAUUAAAGGAACACUUGGGGAGAGGUACUGGUGGCUCUGGAUGGAUAUUGAAAGACUAAAGGCUCUUAAGGACAAGGAUACUACAAGGCAGCAAAGGCAACUCAGUAAGAUGAAAAAACUCUAUCUGCUGAGCAGUGGAGACUACUUCCUCAGUUCGGAAGUGUUACUCAGACUUGAUCUACUGCAUGGAGAUCAGUGGAAUAUAAAGCAUUUAAGACGGAUUCAGCCUGAAGUAGUGAAACCUCUACUUCUUUACUGGGGUCCCAGAUUUUGUGUCGCUCAUUCAACAGCAAUAGAAACUGCCAGUGCAAAACUGAAGCUGUGGCACACGUGCCAUGAGAGACCAAGGGUGGACAUUGAUCCUUUUCCACAAAUGGUAUCAUUGCUACCAUUGACACCUAAGUCUUGCAUACCUAGGAUACCACCUUCCGUUCCUCAGGGAUCAUUAAGAUCACCAACCCUGCCAUUAAGUCAGAGUUCCCAAAGGGAUGUAAUUUCUAGCAGUAGAAAGUGGCCAAAGUCAGUGAGCAGAGAUGUGAUUCGUUGCUCAGCUUUGGAUGACACCGAAGACUCAAAAUACCAGUGUCAUAGAAAGUAUACCUAUGCUGAGCUGCUCCUGGGGAAAAGUCCUGCAGGCAAUGUUGUCUUAGGGGGAUCAAGUAUGGAAAGCAUGCUGCAGUGUCUUUAUUUGGAGAACAGAGCAGGAUACUACUUCACACACUUCUGUGAGAAGUCAGGGAAUAAGUUGUGGAAGAACAGUGCGUACUUUUGGUUUGACCUACAGGCUUAUCAUCAGCUUUUCUACCAAGAAACUCUUCAUCCUUUUAAAAUAUGCAAGCAAGCUCAAUUCCUUUAUGCAACUUAUAUUGCCCCAUCUGCCAGUAUGGAUAUUGGACUUCAUCAGAGUAAGAAAAACAUGAUUCACCAGAAAAUUGACCCAGCUUUUGAGGAUCUUUUUGACCCAGCAGAAGAAUAUAUCCUGGAUGUUCUGCUAGAACCAUGGAUGAAGAUGGUGGAAGCAGACAGGUACACUUUUGGAAAGGUGGAGUUGGUGGAAGAAACUCGACAGCUGGACUCCGUGUACUUUAGAAAGCUCCAGGCUUUGCAUCAAGAGAGUGGUUCCAAGAAGGAUGAGAGUACUGUUGCUGACACUGGUCUGCCAUCCUGCCCUGACGCUCUCAAAGAAGAUCAGCACUUGCGUCAAGUUCCCAAAGAGUUGGCAGAACCUAAUCUAUCUGACCUGAUCCACAACAAAGAGAAGUUAGAACAGUUCUGGGCUUUUCUUAAUGAGCAUUCUGCUGGCAUGGAUCUCAUGUGCUGGAUAGAUAUUGAACAGUUCAGAAAGAUGCCCCCCAAGGAUAAAGAAAAAAGGGAGGAAAAAUCUAAGGACAUUAAAAACAAGUACUUGAACAAAAAAUACUUCUUUGGACCCAACAGCCCAGCUACCAGAGAACAACAAGAACAGCUAAUGCAUUCAGGUGGAGGAUGGGGACAAAUCCUUCAUGAUCAACUUUCGGCAGCGGUUCUGCUAGAAAUUCAGCAAUGCGUCCAGAAGAGAUUAGAAAAACAAUGGCUGCCAUUGUUCCUGGCAGAUGAGCACCAUGGGGCGGAGGGACAAGCAAAGAUAAGGAACAUAACUGAAGAUCUUCCGGGACAAAAACAGGAGAAGACAACUAGGAUUUGGAAGCAUGUGGACAGUAAGUGGGUUUCUUCAUCCAGUGAAAUAAUUGCUUUUCGCAAAGCACUGUUGAAUCCGGUGACAGCAAAUCAGUUUCAAUGCUUUGUGUCACUGAAAGGAGACCUACUGGGGAACGGAGUGCUUUUUUGGCAAGAGGUACAGAAGUAUAAGGACUUGUGCCAUUCUCAUUGUGAUGAUGCCACAGUCCAGAGAAAGAUCACAGCUAUUAUUGACUGCUUUAUUAAUUCUGCCGUACCGCCAGCUUUGCAGAUUGACAUCCCAGCUGAACAAGCAAAGAAGAUUCUGGAGCACAGGAAAGAACUAGGACCUUACAUUUUUAGAGAAGCACAGAUGACUAUUUUUGCUCUUCUGUUUAAAUUUUGGCCAAAAUUUUGUAAGUUUCGAAGCAAUUUGGCUAGUGACAAAAUUCUACUUGCUUUGGAGAGGAAAAAGGGAAAAAAGAUGCGAAAGAAGGAAGGCAAAAGAACAGAGGGUAAAGAAAUGGUGAAAAAACUCAUCAGUCUGUCAAGAAGUGUUUUGGGAGAUGAGAUUGGUGUGGAGAGAGGACCAGCAUCAUUUUCAGAUGGAUAUGGGUGGCAGGCUUCCUGGUCCUAUUCCAAGUACAUAGAAGCCUUGGAGCAGGAGAGAAUACACCUUAAAAUGCAAGAAGAUCUGGAGAAAAAAUCAUCAUCAUUCCUUACAGGUACCUCAUCUAUGUCCUUCCCAAAGCCUAGAAACUCUGAAAAAUCCACCAUUUCUCCAAAUACUAGUAUGAUUUUGGAGAAACACUCAAAUCUCCCCAAGAAACAGAAA